AUGGUCGGGGCUGUUCUCUCAAGGACUCUCAAUUCAAAAACAUCAUUCCCUCCAUCUUUCGCUCCAUUCUGGCCUCGGACUCAGCUAUUGAUUUUUGCAUCAACAGCAGCUCCUAAUUAUGGUGUGGAUCAGGAUGAACUAGGAGCCCUACUAGCAGCCUGGGAAGAGGAGGCCGGGACAGUAUCGAUUGAUGUAGAAGAUCGAACAGCUGACAGCGUGCAAGGGCAGUAUAGUAGAGUUGCAAACAGAACUGCAGCCAACAUAACACAUAGUGGCUAUGGCUCUCAUGUCACACAAUACGGUGAUAUAGUGGUGAGUUUUGAUUCUCUUGCCGCGUUUAUGGGUGAGAAUUUCAAAAAUCACAGUCAUGACUCUGUGGAUGCAAAGUCAUUCUCGACAUCAUCAUCAUCAAGGAAUGUGGAUCAGCGCAGUACUGAACUUUUCUAUUUAUUCACCAAACACCAAAAUGCUCCUGAAGGCUCCGAUGAGAAAUAUGAAGCUCGUGUGAAACUAAAUGAAGUUAUGUCACAGAGAAGUGAAGUGGACAACAAUGUAAAAUAUCUAGGGGAACUUCUUUUUGGUGUUGAAAAAGGUAAUGAGGUACUACAUAGCGUUCGAUCUGCUGGACAACCACUUGUUGACAACUGGGAUUGCCUUAAGUCCUAUGUGAAGAUAUUUGAGGUACAUUGUGGAAGAUUAACAACGUAUGGAAGGAAACAUGUACGUGGUAUCGCCAACAUCUGCAAUGCUGGGAUUACGAGUGAGAAAAUGGCUGCUAUGUCUGCACAAGCAUGUUCAAGUUAG